AUGUGCAACACCAAAGGAUGUAAAAGCAAAAUCACAGGAAACACAGAAUCUAAAGUUAUGGUUAGUGGCACAGCCUGCAACAGGGCAAUGCUCGUUAAAAACUGUUAUGUUGACAUGAGCACAACCUUUCAACUGGAAAAGGAAGAGAAGCAAUUCAACGUUGUGGCAAACUAUGCCACACUCAGCGUCUACCUAAAUGAGGACAUUUUCCAAUACCGAAACAACAUAGAUGAACUGACAGAAAAACUUCUGUUGCUGGAAAAUGUCGACUUCACAUUGUCAAAAAACGGUAAAUUUAUUACCGAGAUAGUAAAUCACCAAAUCAAAAAUAUAUUGUAUAUAUAGUUUCGUUCAAAUUUCAUACUUUUCUCUUUUUUCCACUUUUUAUAAGCCAAAUAGAUUGUACACACAUGUAGUUCCAUUAAUUUUUUUCCAUUUUGAUACCACAUCACAAUAGUUAUAUUGACGAAAAGCUCUAAUCAAUCAAAAAAGAUCAAUUAUUAUAAAAAUAUAUUGUUGGUUCCAGUUAUAAUUCAUCCACUUAUCGUUUUUACAGUUUAUAAUAAUAGAACGUUCUAUUCAACAGACCAAUUUUUCAAUGCCUUUCAAAAAAAUUCUAUUUAAAAUUGCCCUCUUAAGGUAUAAUUUUGUGUCUAAUACCUGGUCUAUUAUGUGCAAAAUGCCAGGUUUAAAUAUAAUAAUAAAUUGUUCUUCAAUGCUGUCUAUAAAUUGUUCUACAAUGCCACCUAUAACAUUCCAAUGUUAAAACUCACCCAAGUCCCUACAUUCUGCUUCUUCUUGAUCAUGAAGAACAAACAAAUCCUAAGUUAAACCACACAGCAAAAAAACAACAUCCCAAGCACUUCCCAAAACUACAUUUUGUACACUUGUAGUAUUUUGAGAUCCAAAAUUACUAAAACCAAAGUACUGAGCCGCAAUUCCAUAACAACAUAACAGGAAAAUUACACAACUGUAAACAACAAGCCCAACUCAAAAAAACAAAAAAACAAAAGAAAAUGGUACUGUAGGGCGGGGGCAGCGGCAGCUCUAGUGAGAACUAUAACUAGUUUUAAAUAUAGCUAUUUUAACAGGAUUGUAGACAUAUGGAAUUCCCUGCCAUACUCAGUUCGUCAGGUACUUUGUAUUAGCAUUUUUAAGAGGAGUGAUACUUAGCUUUCUCCUGGGAUUUUGGCGAUGGUGUUGUGAAGUAUUUUCUGUUCACAGUUUUACCUUUCGGGUUGUCAUCCGCACUGUAUUUGUUCACCAAAUUAUCAAAGCCUAUUCUUACUUCAAGGAGGUGCAAAGGAAUUCCCAUGGCUAUUUUUCUCGAUGACGGCUUAGGGGUUGGUACCAAUUCUAUCAUGGCCAAAAUCAACAGUUUGACAGUUCGCGCUGAUUUGACUAGGUACGGCUUUGUUAUCAACGAAGAGAUGUCCCUUUGGGAGCCUGUUCAAGUUAUUACCUGCCUCGGAACUGUUUUUGAUACUUAUCAAGGUCUUAUUUCGGUUACCAAGCGAAGGGUUUCAAAGCUCAAGAGUAGGAUUGAUCUCUUACGUAAGGAUAACUGUAAAAUUUUAAAAGUUAGAGAUGUAGCAUCUGUGGUGGGCCAAGUCAUCUCGCUCACUCCUUGUGUUGGAAGCGUAGCCAAAAUCAUGACACGUGCUCUGUACACCAUUGUAAAUCAGAAACAGUCAUGGGACUCUCAGGUUGAGUUGUCAAAAGAAGCUUUUAAUGAAUUGACGUUUUGGAUAGACAACGUCGAUUCUGUUAAUUUUUGUUGCCUUUCCAACCGCCUGCUAGAUUUGUCUAUCCUGACGCAUCAGAUUAUGCUUGUAGUUCUUUUACUGAAAAAGAGUAGUACCUCGUGCGUUGUUGCUAGAGAAGGAGUUAAUGGGAGAGAGUUAUCUGCGAAGUUAAUUACUGCGUUCAUUUGCGACUUCUUUUCAGGCGAAGAGAGGACAAUCGGCAAGCGUGUUUUUCUCUCCCCUUGUUGUUUUCGUUUUAUUCUUUGAUCGAUUAUUGUUAGGCUUUUGUGCGCUCGUCUUUUCUUGUGUUGUUAUGUAAUAAUCAUUUUUAUUAGCUUACCUCCGUGUAAUAUCGCUUAGAUUCGGUUUUUUGGCUUGUAUUUUAGUUUGACAUGUUUGACAUCAGAUUAUUACCCUGCAAUAAAUCGCAUUGGAAUCACUGUUAUACGUGUCUGGUGUCAAAUUUUUUGCAUUGACGUCCUUGGGACAACUUUGAAUUGCGACAUCCCUACGCUGUAAACGCCUGCAUUUAUAAGGCUGUAGGAACUUUAGUUAUUCCUACAUGGAAGUCUUCCUGUUUUUGGAUUUUAUGAUGUGACAAUGGAAAGCACUGGAACGCGUCUGUACACGAUUGGGUGAUUCUUCCCAAGUUCGAGCAUCUUUUUCUUAGAGGUAAGGCCAAGAAUCACGUUUUUGGCUCGAAGGAUUUCUCCUUUAGUGUAGUAGCUUUGCGUCUAAAUUUUGUGCAACCUUGAGCGCAGUCUGUUUUGGAUUUUUGUACAACCGAGGAAGACAAUUGCUCCCUUUGCAAUAGAUUUUAUAAUUAGGGUCUUUGGUACCCACCUCUGGAGAAGUCUUUGGGUACUUCCUUUAUUAGGAGCGUCGUUUUUGGGCUGGUUCAUGCGUUUGCCCGCUCUCGUGACUUGAGUUUUCCUUUAUUUAUGAUAUUAUUACUGGUUUGUCAGCUACCUUUUGAUUCAUCAUUUUCAAGUGGUAGAUUUUAUUUUUCUUGAUUUGCAUUUAUUAUGCACACUUCAAUGAGCCUGUUUAAGAAUGCCUUCAGGCAGAGGUGUUAUAAAAUUGAAAUGA